GGGAGGAGCAUGGUGCACAACCGUCGAAGAGUGUCUGAAUCGUUCCAAAUCUGACUUUGGUUCCUCAAAAUAUAUGAAACCGUGGUGGUUUAUAGGAAUUUACAGCAAGACUCAGAGUGUAAAUCCAGAUUUCUACAAUUGGAACAAAGUAUUUGUUAGAUACUGUGAUGGUGGAGCGUUCACAGGAAAUGCUGAAUACGUUGAUCCUGCUACCAAUCUUCACUUUAGGGGAGCAAGGAUUUUUAAAGCAGUAAUGGAGGAUGUUCUAGCAAAAGGAUUGAAGAACGCGCAGAGCGCACUUCUUAUCGGAAGUUCUGCCGCAGGAUACCCAGCAAUGCUAUACUGUGAUCGCUUUCAUAAAUUGUUGCCAAAUACUCCUAGAGUGAAAUGCAUGGUUGAUGCUGGUUAUUUUAUCCACGUGAAGGAUCCUCACCAAGCAAGAAAUUUUACGCAAAUGUAUAAAGCAAUUGUUAAUUUACAUGGAUCUGCCAAAACGUUACCAAAAUCAUGCACUUCGAAAAUGAAACCUGAAAUGUGCUUCUUCCCGGAGAACAUGCAACACAAAAUCAAGACACCACUCUAUAUAGCAAUGUCCGCAUUUGAUAAAUUCCAGGUAUAUUUAUCAAUUGUUCUCCUUCUGUUUAUUGAUCCGAGGGUCUAUUGGAAACAGUCCUUCUACCUUUACUAGGUAGGGGUAAGGCCU